AGGCCAAAGCCAGCAUCAGCCAACCAGCCCGGCCUCCCAUAGCUGCUAGCUCUAUUCAAGCAGUAGCACUAGUACAGCUUCUCCUCUGCCCCUUCGACAACGCAGCAAACUUCAACUGUUCAAGGUCGUAGCCAGAGGACGAUGAGGCGUUGCGGCGGUCUCUCUUCGCCGCUCGCGGCUGUUUCCCUGCUCCUCCUCCUCAUCUGCUUCUUCCACCGCGCGGCGGCGGCUCGCCCCCUGCCGGCUGCUGCUGCUGUUCCUCUUCAGGUUCACCAAGAGGACGUAGCCAUGGUGGCUGCAGACGACGAGCCAGUGCUUCAGAAAGGCGCCGCCGCGGGUAGUGGCCAUGAGCUCUCGGUCUCAUCAGUCGCUGAGGUGAUGGUGGGAGCAGAGGAGGAGGCCGAGGACCCGGCGUGCGAGGAGGGGAACGAUCGCGACGACUGCAUGCAGCGGCGGCUGCUCGGCGACGCGCACCUCGACUACAUCUACACCCAGCACAAGGGCAAGCCAUGAGCGAGGAUCCCGGCCGGCCAUCUUCUCCGGCGUACGUUGGGAGUGUGUGUGGGGGGGGCAAAGUCGUACAUGCUGCAAAGUUGACACUGGGAAUCUCGUCUACUAGUAUAUCUACCUUCUGCUACCUGCUCACAGUUUCUGCCACUGAUCAACCAGUAUCCGGGGAUCCAUCCAUGUAGGAUUAAUAUAUGUGUGUGACUGUCAUCACCUCGCUCGUUUGUACAUCGUCUCUCUUCUUGGUCAUGUAUAAUACAUGCAUCGUUAAUUACCACCAUUUUCUUCAAGCUUUUGCUUUAAA